CGGGCUGCCGCGCAAAGGCAGGUCCAAUAUAACCAAAGGCCUGAGAAUAUUUGGACUUGUUGUUUUCAUGUUUUUUCGUCGUAGUCAAAGAACUUCAUAGAAAUGAAAGUGACCACAUAUAUAAUCCAAAUUUUACACACAAGGAAACUAGUAUUGGACGAGUAACACUAGGAUUACAACAAUUAUUGGAUUACACGAAAUUUUUGUCUCAUCCAAUAUUAGCACAUUCACUAUUCCUAUUUCCUAGACUAAAUGAACUAUAGUACUAGACAUUAGACAAUAAAUAUUUCAAAUUAUUGAUUCACAUGCAUUCUUCUCAUAUCUAAUGUCUACCUUGAAAUUUUCUUUCUUAUUUUCCAUAGUAUUUUUUCUUUUUCACUCAACAAGAAGCACAAUUCCAGCUUGUGACAAAAGAUAUUGUGGAAACUCUGAAUUACAACAACUUUUUGAGUUCCCUUUUUUAUUAAGAGAAGAAAAUCAUUUUACCAAUAAUCAAAGUGAUCGAUGUGGGUACCCAGGAUUUGAAAUUUUUUGCAACAAUAAGAAUCAAGCUUUACUUACACUAUCAAAUUCAAGAGAAUUUGUAGUCAAAUUUAUUUCCCUUGAGAGACGAAGAGUUUGGGUCAACGAUCCCAAUGAAUGUCCACCUAAACGGUUCCUUCAAAACAUAUUCCUUAACAAUGAUUCACCUUUUCAAUUGGACAACACAUAUCAUAGUAACUAUGAAAAUGUUACAUUUGUCAAUUGUACAGGUUUUACAAAGGAACCAAUGAUUCAUGAUGAUGAUUUUAUUAUACCUUGUCUAAGCAAUGAGAAAUAUACUAUCAUGUAUACUUUACAAUCGCCUAUUGAUUUAUGGAUUAAUAGAUCGUGUCGUGAAAUUGGUUUUGCUAUGGUUCCGGUGAAAGAUAAUUCUAGUGAACCACGAGUAAUCAUGGAAGGACUUUACUCUGAUAUUUUGUUGAGAUGGAAUAAACCUCUAUGUGACUGUGCAGCAGACCAAUUUUGUGGAUUUGAAACGGAUACGGGUCUUGAUGUUACUUGUUACGACUACAAUGAUUUUAAUCAACCAGGUGGAAAUCCUUCAAAUCCAAGGCACAAAAAUAUGUACUUUUUUCCAGUAGUGUGGGGAAUAUCUGGAGCUCUAUUCUUCAUAUGGGUAAUUGUAUCCAUAUGUAAAGAUAGAAGGCAAAACCAUAUCCAACAAAAUCAAACAAUUACGAACAUAGAAUCAAAUAACGGGGAACCCCCUUGGUUUGUGUUUGGGCUUGAUCGAUCAAGAAUAGAAGAAUAUUAUCCAAAGAUUCAGGUAGCUGAGAGUGGACAAUUACCUAAGUCCAUUGACAAUGUUUGCUCCAUAUGUCUUAGUGAGUACAAGCCCAUGGAGACAUUAAGGAGUAUGCCCCAAUGUAAUCAUUAUUUUCAUGCUGAUUGUAUAGAUGUGUGGCUCAAGAUGAAUGCUACUUGCCCUUUAUGUCGAAAUUUGCCCGAGUGAUGUGGUUUGGUUUUUUGUCAUUUUGUUGCCUUCAUUUGGAUUUAUGUUAUGUUAAUUCAAUGUAUUUGUAAAAAUGAAACUACAUUCAAUGUAUCAAAUUGAAUAAAAUGAACCUAUAUACCCCAUA